AUGGGCUGCUGCCAAGACAAGCACUUUCAGACCUGUGAUGAUCAGAACAGGGACAGCGGGUCCAUGGAAGGCAUCGAAGGGACUGAUGCGGGCUCCCCGCAUCAGCGGAAGCCCAAGUCGAACGAAAGCCUUUUGAUCACCGUGCUGUGGCGGCGGCUGUCCUUGUUCAGCCGUCGGGGCUCGUCACGGUCGAAUAAGAGGCAGUCAGUCCUGAGUCAAAAGCAUGAGAUUACGAUCCUGGAGGAUAAGCAAGAGGCGAUACAGGAGAAGCCGGAGAAGGGGUGA